AUGCCGCCCCAGGCGGCGAGUGAAGAUGCUCCUGAAAAGGAGAGCCGCAGUCGGUCCCGCAGCACGGAAGCAAGAGUAGGCGGUGGAACGGGAGAAAGUGGCGAUGGCUCGGACUCCUCAGCCGUUGUCGCGGCAGCAGCUGCUGCUGCUGCUCGUGCCGCUGCAGCACGGAAAGCAGCAGCAGAUGAUAUGAACUCAACUCUUACGCGGCUUAUGCCGGCAGCAAGCAAAGUGAAAACUACUUACGCUCCCGUGAUAGCUCCGCAGGAUGCUGCUGCUGCGGCGGCGGCUGCUGCCGAUGCUCGCAGCAAGCUAGCACAGAGUCUAAAUGCAAUGUUCCAGCCACCUCCUCCUUCUUCUCCACCGCCUGCUGCGCAAGCAGGAGCGAAUAGCAGCGCCCCCACGCCACCGCCUGGUGCACCGCCGAGUACCCAAGCGCCGGCACCGUCGGCUCGUGCGACCGUACACACUGAGUCAGAUCGAAUUGCGCGCCGGCUGUUUAUUCACAACAUCCCACCUGGAACAACGGAGGCCGAUAUAUGCGGCUUUUUUAACGGCGCGUUACUGGCGGUCAACGCACAGACAGGCUUUACGGACCUCUCUCUUGCGAGUGACAAGCCACAGCUUCUACCAGUGGAAAGAUGCGAAGGCCUUCAAGAGAAUGGCCGCUUCUGUUUUCUAGACUUGAGGUCUCACGAGUGGGUGGUUCUUUGCCUCAAACUAGACGGUAUUACUUUCAAUAAUAAUUCUCUUAAGGUGAUGCGGCCGAAGGAAUAUGUACAACCCCCCGGCGGCGACCCUGCGAAGACAGUUCACAUCCCAGAACUCGAAAGGACCCCAAAACCACCAGAGAACGAAGUACGCGCUACAGCACCUCCAAGAAGUGCAGACUGCAAGCUGUACAUCCAGAACUUGCCACAGGAGAUGGGCGAAGAUCAGGUGCGCGAUUUGCUGGAACAGUUCGGCAAACUUCGAGUCCUUAACCUAAUUAAGAACAGGCAAACUGGGAAGCACCGUGGCUACGGCUUUUUCGAGUAUGAAGACCCGGACGUAACGGAUCAGGCCAUAGAAUCUUUGAACGGGUUCGUGUGUGGCGCCACCGUUCUUAGUGUGCAGCGGUCUAACUUCAUGCCUGACUUAUUACCGACCAAACAACACACGACAGAGGUCACUGCUCUACCGUCUUCCACUUCGUACGCAGUGCUGUCGGACCCAGUUGUCGCCAUCCAGGUUCGGGCUGGGCGAACUAUAGGCGAGAAGCCUUCGCGCAUUGUUCAACUCCUGAAUACGGUUUACCCCGAAGAUGUGAUGACAGACGCGAGCCACGAAGCAGCAGUUAAGGACAUUCGGUCGGAGGCAGAGAAGUAUGGACCUCUAGAGGAUGUUGUCAUUCCACGGCCGAAUGAAGAUUUGUCAUACAAGCCAGGCGUGGGAAAGGUGUUCUUGGUUUAUGGGGACGUCACAUCUGCUCGGAGGGCGCAGCUCAUGCUGAACGGCCGCCGUUUCGACCAGACGCGUGUAGUGUGCGCGGCGUUCUUCCCGGAAGAAAGGUUUAAGGAAGGCCACUAUACGCUGACCUGA